AUGUCUACCGAAAUCGCACAUAACUUGCUAGCAAACGAGUACACUUAUACACCACCGAAAUUACCAACUCAUCUAGCCAGCACAUAUGUUCUGAAACCAAUCGUGGGACACCCAAGUGACGAACAAAUCAAGGCGAUCCAUGCCUCGAUAAGGGCCGUUAGCGCUGAAGCACAAAUUCCUCAUCUUCAUGACCCCGAGCUAUUGCUACAGCUAUCUCAGCAUCUUUUCAAUGUUCAAAUGGCAAUCUAUCGUAAAAGCUAUCCUCUAAACUUAUUCCCGGCGGAUAACGUAUAUACACCUCCUUCCUUGCCCGCACAUAUUUCCGCCAAGCUCGAGCCCGUAGUUGGAGUGCCUUCCAAUGAACAACCGAAAGCCGCUCAAAAUGCGAUUCGAAUCUCAGAGAGUCUGGGAAUCAGCCCAUUGUUCGAUUCCGACUUGAAUAUGCAACUAUCUCAGCAUUUAUUCAAUCUACACUUUGCACGGUACCUUCAAGACUCAUCACUCGGUCAAUUUACUUCUAAACCUCAAGGGGUGUCGGGAAUUGAGCCGGUUCAGACGCAUUCGUCUCACCAUCAAAAUACUACCGAUUCUCAGACAGAAGAUUUGAGAGCCACACUAUCUCAACCCGAUCCAACUAGCCACAUUGAGAAUAAUCAUACACAACCCUCUGCACUGGGUGAAGAUAUAAAACCGGAAAGCUGUACCUCUUCAGGAAUCAUACAACUUGUGGGAGUCAUGAACGGUAUUGCGGAAUUAAUGAGGGAGUCUAAGGGGGUACUAGAAAAUAUAAAUCGUGUACUCAUAGCCAUACAGAGGAAUCAGUUUAUGGGUGGUCAUAGUUCAGCAGGUUGGGACGCGCAAUGA